UCGUGAGCUUAUUUGAACGAAACCGCAGACAGAAACAACAGACGAUCUCUAAUCUCUCGCCGGCGUUUGCCGACCCGAAGCUUUCUCUUUCUACUUUCCGACCGCCGGAGCGUAGGCGCUGGAUUUUGCGCACUGGUACAUUGUGGGCUAAUUGUACUCUGGAGGAAAUAGUACAGGAAGCGAAAUCCUCGAUUUGAUUGCACCGAAGUUCAUAUAACCUGCCGCUGCGUGUUGUUUUCAGUGUUGAUGAUCAGAUUUCACGAUGAGCAAAAGUGAUGGGGAAAUGGAUGAUGACAAAAAGCUUCCUGGUGAUUCAGGAAAGAAUGUACAGGGGCCUGAAAAGGGAGGAGAAAACGUUCCCCCUAAAGUUUCUGGUGCAGGGAAUGCAAUUGUAAGUGAGAACUGGGGUGAAGAUGUAAAUAAAUCUAUAGAUGAAGAUGCAGAUAUUUCUACAGCUAAGAAUGAGGAGACAGAUCAAGCUAUCCUUAAGGCCGAGACCAAUGAAGAAAUGGAUGCAUCUAUUAGUGAGCAUUGCAAUCCCAAAAGUGAGACUGUAGAGCCAACCAGCACCAAAACUGACGAUCAAGCUUCUCCUAGAAUGGUAGAGGAGAAACAAAUGGAUGCCAAAAAUGAAGCAGUUGUACAGAAUGGUAUUAAUGAUGAGGUGGAAGGAAAAAGGUCAAGCGAUAAUGGCAUGGAUGGUAACGAUAACAUGAAAACUGCUAAUGAAAAUGUUGAAGAUCAAAAUCCUGAGGAAAAUGCUGACAGUUCUGCAGGAGAGGAUAAGAUCAUGAACCACCUUGAUGCUGAGAAAAAUUCAAAGGAAACUGAGCAACUUCCUAGUGAUAAAGCCUCUGAAAAUAUAAAUGCCGAGAAUGAUUCAUUCGUAGACCAGAAAAUUCCCAUUGCAUUAUCUGACAAUGAAGCUCCUCAAAAUACUGAGAGUGAUCCAAAGGAAAAUAGUCAACUCACAACUGAUCUAUCUACUGAUGAAGCCCCUCAAAAUAUGAAUACUAAGAAUGAUUCGAUUGAAGAUAGGCAACUUUCAACUGAAUUAUCUGCUAAUGAAGCUCCUCAAAAUAUGAAUGCUAAUAUAAAUGUGGUUCCACAUGAUGAAGAGAUGGAAGAUGCAACUGAUUUGAAUAAGGAGAAAACAGGUAAACAUGAUCUGAAAGAACGUGUGGGGGAGACAGUUGUUUAUAGAUGUGGCCCUGAUGGAACUGUGAUACCUGCUGGGACUGUUGGUAAACAUGUUCGUGAAGUUCCUCCUCCCGCAAAUCGGCAUGGAGUUGCAACACCCCUUUCCCUGGCCAGAGCUUCUCCUGCCAAGUCUGAAAAUCACAGUGGAGAAACAGUCAAGGCUUCUUUUACACCUGCAGCAUUGCCUCCUGUUGGAGAAAGUGAUGAUGGAACACCAGAGGAACAAGCAGCUUUCAUGAAGGAUCUUGAAAAUUUUCACAAGGAGAAACAAUUGGAUUUCAAACCACCCAAAUUUUACGGGAAGCCGCUAAAUUGCCUGAAGUUGUGGAGAGCUGUUAUUCGGCUGGGAGGCUAUGACAGGGUAUCUGGAUGCAAGUUAUGGAGGCAAGUGGGAGAGUCUUUCCAUCCACCAAAGACUUGUACAACAGUUUCUUGGACAUUCCGCAUUUUCUACGAGAAGUCUCUUUUGGAAUAUGAGAGACAUAAGACACAGAGCGGAGAGGUCCCACUCCCAGCAGCCUCGUUUCCUGAAGCUACCAGUGCUGAUGUUGAGGGAAAUGGUCAUCAGGGAUCGGUGUCAGGAAGAACUAGAAGAGAUUCAGCAACUCGGGCUAUGCAAGGUUGGCACGUCCAACGCCUAUUCAGUUCUGGUGAGGUUGGUGAACCUGUAAUAAAGGACAAGAAUCCUAACAACACACCCAGGCGUGAGAAAAAUCUUAAAAGCAUUGGCUCGCUUAAACAGAAGAGACCGGAUGAAGUGGAGCAGCAGUCAAAUAAAGCUCCUCGAACUGAAGUAUCUAGGCAACUGGACACACAAAUUGUUGAUGUUGGCGCCCCAGCUGAUUGGGUAAAGAUUAACGUGAUGCAAAAUAAAGAUUGUUACGAGAUUUACGCUCUAGUCCCUGGACUCUUACGUGAGGAGGUACGAGUUCAAACAGACCCUGCUGGACGGGUGGUCAUAACUGGUCAGCCGGAGCAAGUUGAGAAUCCUUGGGGGAUCACACCAUUCCGAAAGGUGGUGAGCCUACCUACAAGAAUUGAUCCGAUACAGACAUCUGCGGUGUUUAGCCUGCAUGGUCGACUCUUAAUCCGGGUGCCCUUUGAGCAGAUGUCUGAUGCGUAGACUGCUGCUAUUAAUUAAUUAAUUAUAAAAUCGAGCAGCAGCAGAAUCAGUGAAGAAGGUAAAUAGAGUUUUAGAGAUUUUGAGUAGAGCAUAAAGGAAUUUAUGAAUGUAUGAACGAAUGUGGAUGGAUGGACGGAUCAAGUACUAGGCAGGCAAGGCUUAUGAGGGAGGGGAGUUUGUAGUAGUAGUAGUAGUAGUAGUCAUUAUUAUUAUUAUUAUUAUUAUUAUUGUUGGAGAAGAAGGUCAUUUUGUGAGUUUGUGUGAAUUAAUUAAUUAAUUAGUUAGUUA